CAUUUGUUCUUACUCAUCCCUCUCGACCUUUCUCUGCAAAUAUGCACGUCUCAACUAUCAUGUAACCCCAUUGCGGAUGCUCUUAGAAAACCGUAAACCGAUCUGGCUAGCAAAAAGGUGAAUCGAAAGCGGUCUGACACGUGUUCGAAUCCCAAGGCAGAAGGUGUAGCUAAAGAAGAUAUAUGUGCGGGUGCGGCCACCAACACCAGAAAAGUCUUCAGUCUUGCGACGUCUGCUACAUCUACCUACACAUUUUGCAAUGUUCAACACUCCAUUGAAGCUUUAUGUUUCUCGAAUUCGUAUCAACUCUGCACCCCGAUUUGUUCCCCCAAAUUUGGGCUGUGUGAUUGGGCAGGCAAGAAAUUCAGAAUUUAGUGCAUCCCUUGUGAAGAAUGUAUCUCCCUAUACCGGCAUUGGCCUUUCAGUUUCGUGUAAACGACUAUACUCGUGUAGAGCUGUUAAAAAGGACCCUAAUAGAAGGGCCAUACAAUCUGAUUUUUCAGAGAAGGCCAAUGCUACUGUAAACAUCGAUAGCAAGGAUGAUAAGGAGACGCAGACGGAUAAGACUAGUCAUGGAAACAAAGGGAGAGUUCCAUGGAACAAAGGACUAAAACACAGUGAAGAAACUCGUGAGAGAAUCAGGCGUAACACAAAAGAAGCCUUGAAAGACCCCAAGGUAAGAAAGAAGAUGUCUGAAGCUCCUCGAGUUCUCAGUAAUCAGACGAAAGUAAAGAUACGUGCGUCCCUCACAAAGUUAUGGGGAAGGCGCCUAAGAUUGAAGAGGUCGAGAGAGAAGUUCUUGCAGUUGUGGGGUGAAAGCAUUGCAUUAGCUGCUAAGAAAGGAGGGGUGGAUCAGCAAGAACUGGAAUGGGACAGCUAUGAACAAUUUAAACGAGAAGUAGCCCUCCAGAAUGCGGAGGAAGCAAAGAUGAAAGAGCUGGCACGUGUACGGAAGGAGAGAGCAGCAAAAGUGAAAGCAGCGUUAAAGACGGCGAGGCUGGCUGAGAAGAAAAGGGAACGGGAAGAAAAUGCUAAAGUUCGACAAGAAUGUACUAGAAAGAGGAACAAAUGGUCGAAAGAAGAGAAAGAAAAACUGGUUGAAUUUGAGGAGGAAAAACUCAAGGAGAGACUAAUGAAGAUUCAGAGAAAGAAAUCGAGAAUCUCAGUGGUAAGCAGCGAGCAUGAACGAAGGUGGGAGAAAUUCGAGGUGGAUCUUGCAGAGGGGAAGCACUUGCACAAGGAUAUUUCACUUGCGGAUCAGAUUCGUUUUGCUAAGAAGAGAAGAGCACAACUCAUGCUUGACAAGCUUUGAGAAGACUCACUUUUUAAUGUAUUUCUUGCUCAUCUAUUAAUUCUUUCCUUCAGUUUUAGCUAUGCAAAUUCCAUAAACGAAUUCUGAAUCUGUUUUUUCAAUUUCUCAAAAUAUAAUAUACCAUCUAAUCCAGACUCUA